GACAGUUUCAGAGGAGUGAGGGAGAGGGAAGCUGCCGGGCGCGGGCCAGAGACCGGCGACCCCAUAAGGAGCGGGGUGGGGGCAGGCAGGGGCCGGGCACACGAUGCGGGACAGCGCUGCCCAGGGGAUGGGGAGCCCGUGUUGCCCGGCGUUUUCCCCGGGGCCCGUGGUGAGCGGGGGGCCGGAGCCAGGCGAGAAGGGGCUGGUGUAUCAAGAGACGCCUGAGCUCUUGCAGGGGGUGAAGCCGGUGCCUGGGUCAGUGGAAGCCGAGACCCCCAAUGGGCCUGCCCCCGGGGGGCCCCCCGAGGUGCGCCUGUCCCUGCGCCGCUGGGCCGUGGUGCUGCUGUUCAGCUGCUACUCGCUCUGCAAUGCCUUCCAGUGGAUCCAGUACGGCAGCAUCAACAACAUUUUCGUGCACUUCUACGGCGUGAGCACCUUCGACAUCGACUGGCUCUCCAUGUGCUACAUGCUCACCUACAUCCCGCUUCUUUUCCCUGUGGCCUGGCUGCUGGACAAGAGGGGCCUGCGCCUCAUCGCCCUCGCUGGUUCAGCCUUGAACUGUCUAGGUGCCUGGGUGAAGCUGGGCAGCAUGAAGCCGCACCUCUUCCCUGUCACCGUCCUAGGGCAGGUCAUCUGCUCAGUGGCACAGGUCUUCAUUCUGGGCAUGCCCUCGCGCAUCGCCUCCGUCUGGUUCGGGUCCCAUGAGGUCUCUACUGCCUGCUCCAUCGCUGUCUUUGGGAACCAGCUUGGAAUUGCAGUGGGCUUUGUUCUCCCUCCCGUUCUGGUACCCAACUUGGAGGACACAGAACAGCUGGCCUACCACAUCAGCAUCAUGUUCUUCAUUACUGCAGCCGUGGCAACGGUGCUCUUCAUCCUUGUCAUCAUUGUGUUCCAGGAGAAGCCCCCGUUUCCCCCAAGCCGGGCCCAGGCCUUGAUCCAGUUGAAGCCACCUGAGGAAUAUUCCUACGUGCAGUCCAUCCUCAGGCUGCUCCGCAAUACCAAUUUCGUCCUGUUGAUAGUUGCUUAUGGUUUGAACACUGGUUGCUUCUACGCCCUAUCCACUCUGCUGAACCGCAUGGUGAUCCAGCACUAUCCAGGGGAGGAGGUGAAUGCUGGAAGAAUUGGACUCACCAUUGUAGUGUCUGGCAUGGCUGGAGCUCUACUCUCUGGCAUCUGGUUGGAUAAAACCAAAACCUACAAGAAGACAACGCUGGUGGUUUACAUCAUGUCUCUGGGGGGUUUGGUAGCCUAUACCUUCACCCUGAGCCUAGGCCACCUCUGGGUGGUCUUUGUGACCGCAGGCGUGCUGGGAUUCUUCAUGACCGGGUACCUACCGCUGGGUUUUGAGUUUGCGGCAGAGUUAACCUACCCAGAGUCAGAAGGAACGUCUUCAGGCCUCCUUAAUGUAUCGGCACAGGUUUUCGGGAUCAUUUUCACCAUUGCCCAAGGGAAGAUCAUCGAUCGCUUUGGGACGCAGGCGGGAAACCUCUUUCUUUGCUCCUUCCUACUCCUGGGGACUUUCAUAACUGUGUUCAUUAAGGCUGAUCUCCGGAGACAGCGGGCCAAUAUGGACGGUGAACAGACAAGCCCUCAUUUGGGAGGUGUUAAAACAAAGAGAAGGAGGCAUAGCUGCUAUUUCAAUAGGACUCAUCCUCCCCUCCUGUGGAACUGUCAGGCAGACCCAGGAACUAAACCCAUUAAGAACUGGAGGGAUAUGCUGGUGGUGAAGGGUCUUCAAACAUGGAAUAAUUCAGGAGACUCCAGGACAGCAGUCACAUCACGGAUUAUGGAAUGUAGCUUGUAGCCUUAACCCCAUCACUUCCCAUCCCCGCUCAGUAGCUCUCAUACAAAGAAAGCGCUGGAAGAGGUGCCUGGGGACAGCCUUGCUCCUGUGGUCCUUGAUGAAUCAAAGCUGUGAAGGGGCGGGAUGGCAGAGCUGGGAGAGACUGCCUACCACACCCCCCUUCCCAUCUUUGUCACUUGCAGUAUCCUUCUGGUACCCACACGGCAUGGCAUUGGGGGCAGCAUCAGGGCUGGAGUCCAGAAAGCUGCUCAUGGAGCCAUCAGAAGGAACAGAUCAGCCAGGGUUUCUCUCAUCAGUCUGCUUUCACCUCUGUGUCCUGCUGUGGGAGAACCUAUUGCUCAGCAGGAAAGCUUCAUGGAGCCACAAGCCCCAAAUCUGUCUGCUUGGGGCUCAGAGGAGCAGGGGCUGUGAGUCCAAUGCAGCACUCAGUAUUUGGAGCCCACAGUGGCAUUCCUCAAGUGGCCCUCAUCUCCCCUUCCAGAGAAGUAUAUGAUGGGUGGCCAAGUGCAUCCUCUGAAGGAACCUCUUGGUGGAGAGAGAACUAGACAGCAUUUGCUUUGUGACCAGCCCUCCUCUGAGUUGUGACCCUUGCUCUGGAAGUGAUGGGUCUGCCCUGUAUUCAUAGUGACUGGAGCAGGUGGUUCACCUGGCCAUAGUGUGGGGGUGAUGGCUCAGGCCCCCACGCUUCCCCAGGCUCUGCAAAGUGCAUGACAACUGUGGUCAGUUCCCAUUUUUGUACAGGGACCUCCUAGCCCAGCAGAUUUUUAGUCUGUGGACUAAUGUGAUUUUCUAUUUUAAUCAAACUUCCCUGAUGGUUUUUGAAAUUUUGUAGAGUAAAAAUUUGUAAGAGGACUGGGGAAAUACCAAUAUGUGCCCUCGACAGAGCCCAACUGUCAGUCACAAGGCCUGGCGCUGGGGCACGUGUUCAAAGUGCACCAGGGUCUAGCCCACCUUAUACUUGACACCAGCCUUCAGGGCUACUGUGACAACACUACUGAGUUAGACUGUGAGCUCCUUUGGCCAGGGACCACGUCCCCUUCCUUGGCUGGAAAGCACUUUACACAAGCACAAGGUUGGUGCUAUAAAAAUAAUACACAUUUUAUAGGAGCCCUCUGCUGGUACAGACAGGAGGAAUUGUGCUCCCGCUUCCCCUCCUCUCACCCAACUAGCUGUAGGAGGCAGGCUAAGGUUGCUCUAGCACAGGGCAUCCCAAACUUUUUUUCAUAACAAGGAACCACAUCACCUGAGUAUUUUGUGGAUACUCCCCUCCCACUCACCAUCAGCCCCACCAUUUGCUGUUGCCUGCUGCUCCACUCAUGAGCACUGACCUCAUCUCUCUUCCCAGCUGCAAUCAUGUAGUUUGCCUCCCUUUUAUUAUCAAUGCCCCCAUCUCCUCAUUGGGUGAGAGCCACCUAGUAAUUCUAGCAGUCACAUCGAAAAGAUUAGGAAAACAGUGAUAAGUAUUUUGAAGUGUCCUGAAAAAGUUAAUCAUGCUCGCUGCCUUUGCUCUCCAUUUUAUCUCCCCUCCCAUCUGUUUUGUUCCUCUGCCCCUCCCCCCCCCAGCUGCAUGUUUCCUAGCCACCUCGUCCUCCAGGUCCACUGAAUAUAUUUUUGGGCAUCCUAUCUUGCUGGUGGCUGGCAGCUCAGGCCCCUGGCUUGGUGGAAGCAGUUCCUGUUUCCUCUCCUCAGGAGCUGAGGCCUCUAGAAGCAGCAAUUAGGCUGGCAUCUCCUCAUGUCCAUCUACUUCUGCAGGCCUCCAGGUGCCUCUGUUCAAUAAAGAGCCUGGACACAAGGAGAGCUGUCAGCACAUGACUGGUCAUCUCUAAGGACCACUAGAAAAUGCUGUGCAGGCUCUAGUUUUGGAGCCAUUAGACUGAUGCUUGAUAAUGCAGAGUGUGCCCCUGGAGCAGUAUUGUCUUCCCGCUAUCUCUAAGUGGCCUUCCUCCACUGGAUUUCCCUGAUUUAUUAUAAUACAAUUUUGGGGAUUGUGGGAGUGGCUCAGGCCUGUGUGAUCUCAAAAGGCCUUGGGAAAAUAUUCACUGGAUUCCUUGUCUUUUUAAAUAUAAUUUGUAUUUAAUA